GCAGUGCUUGGACAGUGCACAAACAUGAAAGACAAAAGUUCGUGGUGGAAAAAAUUUAAAUCAAAUGCUACUAAAUCAAGUGAAUUGAGCAGAAAAAAUUUUUUUAAGCACAGAGAAGUCUAUCCUGGUAUUAUGUGGAAUAAAAAAGUUUUUAUCAAAAUCAUUGAAGUGCUUCUAUGCAUUGCAUGCACGGUGGCACUCCGUGUGACUGAUGACGAGAGCAGAAGAGUUUUUAAUUUUCUCAGAUAUCGUAGUAGAGAGUGGGCUCUUCUGAACAAUGUGACUUGGGGAACUAUAGGUGCAGCUCUCGCGACAGCAACGUGUGGCGGUUACGUGAUAAUCACUGCAGGUCUUCUGCUUGCUGUUGCGACUGGCGAAUUACGCGGUAGAAAAACAGAAUUAUUCUUACUUGGACUUGGAGUGAUUCUGUUCGGAAUAAUCGGCGCACUGUCAUUAGCGUCAAUAGAAAAUGUUCCUAAUGAUUUAAUAGACAACGCAGCGGUGCUCGGCGCUUUGUGUCUCAUCACCGGAUUGGUUUUUAUAGCAGAUAUUUUGAUGACUACACCCGAACAAGACAUUAAACAUGACGCGACGCAUAUAUUUGUCAAUAAAAAUGCAGGCAAGUCACUGCAACCGCCGACGACUUUGACGAUUGAGAAGGAGUCGAAAGCUCCAAAGGCUAGCGGACACAAUAAGACUUUAGAUUCUGAUAGAAAUGAUAGUGUCAAUGAUACUAAGGAUACUAAUAAGGACAAUAGUCAACAGCAGAAUCAUCAGGUUCAUCAUCAUCAGCAGGAAGAAUCUCCAGCAGGCUCACGGGAGCAUCAAGUCCUCGUUACAGCCCAGCGACCUCGAGUUACCGACGUUGGAAUUUUGGCUGAGCCGAACAGGGACUACGGUGAUGAUGACAUUAAAUUUAUCGACGACGAUCAAUUUACCAAAGAGUACUCGAACCUUCGUAAUCAAUUUAGAGAGUCCACUGUCAACGGGUACAGAGACGCUGAGACGACGAUGAGAGAUAGAUUGAGGGACGAGAGGGACAACGGAAGGGCUUUUUAUCACCAUACCCAUGAAAUGAAUAUUCGGUCUUCUGACGAGGUCGACACGCCGAGGUUUUCUUCCAUCAGAGACAAUUUAAGCGAGGCCAGGUUUCCUAAAAUUGUUAACUCAAGUGUGAAGACCAACAGGGUCAAUCGCGAUGAUCACGAUAAUUUUGAGAGUCAUGGAAGAUACUUGGACUCGAGUCACUUUGACACCAUAUCAACGAGAUUAGCACCAGGAAUAAUGAAGCGCGGGCGAGACAAUUAUCUGGUCUCAUCUGGCAGAAGCUACCGCAGCGACCGGUCCAAAGAUGGAAUAGAAAUGCUGGACGAGUGGGUUGGAGUGCUCAGAAAGUCAACUACCGGGACCCAGACAACGAUUCCUUCGACACUACCAUCGUCUCCCAACGACCCAGGAUACGUCAGACACACUGCCAGCAACUGGCCUCGCGAGAUUAAAUUCAAGACUCCUGGUUCAAGCCCCAAUCGCGAGGUCCAUCAUUAA